GAUACGUAAAACACUACAGUUCAAUUAUUAAUAAGUUUUAUUUUGCACGAGGAACAUAGAAGUGCAGAAAACUAAAAUGAUUUUAAUGAAGUCGGGUAUAUUGCUCGUUCUAGCAUUAUUGGUAAAUUUGAAAUCCGCAGAAAACUUAUCUGGUAGCAUAUUGACAACACCACUUUAUCAUGAUACACCGUGUAACGAUACAGAUGAUAUAAUUUCAUAUUUUUCCCCUGGUUUAAGUGAUGGAUAUGAUAUUCUAAUCAACCGAACAUUAACUAAAGGUACUCAAGUAAGAUUGAAAUUCGACUUGGAAGCAAUGAUAACAGAGGACAAGGACCUCUCCAGACUCGUUACGCUUGGCAACAACGUUUUUAAAUUAGUACUACUGAAAGAUACUACUUCAUUGAAAUUCGUAAUUAGAGGACAAUAUUCAUUAUUGCCCCCUUAUAUAGUGAGCAUUAAGAUCAAGGGGGAGGAAAAUUGUAACGAACCAGACCCUGGCUAUUUCCAAAGGUAUCCAGUUGGCGUUGAACCUAGGCCAGAUGUACCAAAUCUUCAAUGUGGACGGCGUCAAGGACCGAAUCAACUAAUCACUAAUGGAUUGCUUUCAAAACCUGGUGAUUGGCCGUGGCACGUCGCAAUAUUCAGGAUGGAAAGAGCAACUUUAAAGUAUAUUUGUGGAGGAACACUAAUUUCAAAUACUUACGUUUUGACUGCUGCCCAUUGCGUUACCAUUAAUAGCGCAGCUGUCUUGCCAGAGUCACUUGGUAUCAAUUUAGGAAAACACAAUUUAAUUGGAGGCAAUGCUAAUUCUCAAGAAAGAGGGGUAUACGAAGUAUUCGUUCAUGAAGAAUUUAUACCCCGAAUUCUCGAUAAUGAUAUAGCAUUGUUGAAAAUGAGUUCAGCUGUUGAGUUUAAUUCAAAUAUACAGCCUGCGUGUAUAUGGUCUGAUAAAUUGAAGGAUAAACUACCGUCCUAUGAAGUUCUCGGUACAGUUACAGGCUGGGGCUUUGAUCAGACAGAGACUCUUUCAACAGUACUUCGUGAAGCAACGAUACCAAUGAUACCAGAUUUGGAUUGCAUACGAAGUAAGCCAUUAUUCUAUGCCACAACCCUAAAUGGCAAGAAGUUCUGCGCUGGAAAUCGUAAUGGAACAUCACCGUGUAAUGGUGAUAGUGGGGGAGGAUUUGUCGUCUACGUGCCUUACGAGGACAGCAACUUCGUCAAAUUUCACCUCAAGGGUGCCUGGUAUGUGAGAGGCAUCGUGUCCCUCAGUGUUGCCAAGCUUGAUACCGCCCUUUGUGACCCGAACGAAUACGUCGUGUUCACAGAUUUAGGAGCUUACACUGAUUGGAUUAAUGAUCAUAUGGAUUAAAUUCAACAAAAUUAGAAAGAAUAUCAACAAUUUUAUAUAUUAUGUAAAAAUUAAGAAAACUAUACCCGCUCUUGAUAAAGGUAAAGGAUUCGUGGAACAAACUAGCGUUGACCCGUUAUAGACUACAAAUUUAAUAAAAAUAAUGUCUCCGAGAUCAGAUCCAUUCGAUGGUACCAAAUCAUAAAAUUGUCAUCCAAUACGACAAUUAGUCGUUCAAAU